ACGACUAGAUGUGCCAUAUGUAUUGUGCAGCUAAGUCUUGUGACAUUGAUUUUACGCGAAGAUUCAUAUGAGUAUUUUUUUUUCAAUUUAUGUUUGAUCGAGUCACUUAAAUGUGCAAUACUUAAGACACCUCUAGAUAUACCCAGAUAGACACUAGAACAUACUCCAGUUCAGUCGGUCACAGAAGGGCCACUCCACACGGGCGUGGAGGUGAUUGAUGAGCCAAUUAAAACACUGAGUGUUCUUUUGCACUGGAUCCAAACAUGCUUGUGUACGCUCAAUCUGGCCGUUUGUGAUUGCAAAAGUAGGUACGAGAGAGGGGUGCGGUGGCGUAUUAUGUACAGUAACAUUCUUGUUUCUCUGUGUUAAACAUACUUUUUUGGCGGGGUACAUACUGUACACGAGACUGUAGUUAUACGAUUAGAGGAUUUGUAAAGGCGACCAACAUUAACUAUUAUCCAUCUUGGUCAGGGAGCAAAACCCGGGGCUUAAACCGGUAAUAACCAACUUCACCUGCGCUCCUUGUCCAAUGUCUUUGGAGCUUUCUUACCUCCGCUAGAGGACAAGAUAACGCGGGAAAAAGGUCUGUCUCCCUGGGCCUCCAUGGGCCAAGCUAGUGGAGCCCAAUCAUCGCCCUUGAGCACGAGAAGGAUCCACCACUAAAAAAUAGGAGCACGAGAAGGAUCCUUUGGAUUGUCUCCGCAGACCCCUCACGCGUCACUUGUCGAUGCCGCUUGUCCAGACCGCGUCAGGCAAAACUAUAAAGCAGUGCACUCCACAAGACACUAAAAUCCUAACACUCCCAUCUCAAGCUCAACCUGCUCUCACACUCCACAGAACACCGUCCACCGUACGAAGCUCAUCAAGCCAGCACCGACCACCUGCCGCGAUGGACAUGAGCGGCUCGGACCAGCAAUGGAGCUCCCCUUCCUCGCCGUCGUCGACCUCCUCGCACCCGAAGCGUCCCGCCGGGCGCACCAAGUUCAAGGAGACGCGCCACCCGGUGUACCGCGGCGUGCGGCGCCGGGGCAACGCCGGCCGCUGGGUGUGCGAGGUGCGCGUCCCCGGGCAGCGCGGCGAGCGGCUCUGGCUCGGCACGUACCUCACCGCCGACGCGGCCGCGCGUGCGCACGACGCCGCCAUGCUCGGCCUGCUCGGUCGCUCGGCCGCGUGCCUCAAUUUCCCCGACUCCGCGUGGCUCCUUGCCGUGCCCCCCGCGCUCACCGACCUCGCGGCCGUCCGGCGCGCGGCCCUGGCCGCCGUGGCGGACUUCCAGCGCCGGCAUGCCGCCAACGGCGCAGCCACCGUCCCCACCGAUGAGGAGACCUCCAGCGCGUCCGCUCCGUCGUCUGCCGACAAUGCGGGCGGCUCGUCAGCGACUUCGCAGCCUUCGGCCGAGGGAACGUUCGAGGUGCCGUCCGCAAUGGGCAGCGACAUGUUCGAGCUGGACUUGUCCGGGGAGAUGGACCUGGGCACGUACUACGCGGACCUCGCGGACGGGCUGCUCCUGGAGCCGCCGUCAUCGCUGGACAGUGGGGCGUGCUGGGAUACCGGAGACGGCGGAGCUGACUCCGGGCUCUGGAGCUACUGAACCAGCUGGAGCUGCUGAAUCAGCUGCUUUGACACUCUAUGGCAGUUGAUUCCAGCAUAAUAAAAUCCGUGGAAUCUGUAAACGCAUAAAAAAAUCGCCAAAAAAAAGCAUGAAAUCCUUUGGUAUACAUGCAAUCAGAUGCGGUUCUAAGCAUCAGAAGGACAAAAAAAGAAGACACGUGGAAAAAAAAGACAUGAUUUGCUGGAUGAAUAGUCGUGAUGGUCCCGGACAGACGGCGACAGGAUUCCAAAGGAGAGUACUCCUAUCAAUUCAUGUGUGAAUGACUAUAACUGGCAACCAGACGAGGAAGAAAGAUCAACGCUUGCUAAUCAGAGAGGGAGGUGGGCCAAGUACGCUAAUUCACAAGAUGUGGCCUGGACAUCAGCCAGGUCAGCUGGUUGAAGCUCCUGGUAGCAACAGAUCCCUGGGAUCUUUUCCCCCAUUUUCCUCCUGUCCUCGUAGCCACGCGAGCUGACGCGGCGACGCAGGCGCGCUCCGCGCCUCCCUUCCUAUAACGCAUGGCCAGGAAGCGAGAUGCCUGGAGCUGAUGUGUCACGUAGUACUUCUUUCUUUUGAAGAUGACAUGUGAACCUAGAUUUGGUUUCAGAUUUAGUGUGACUGUGCAAGUGACUAGUACUUGAUAGUGUGGUACAAUAAUUGUGCAGAAUUGAUUUGGGUGUAUAGGGUGCAAAAGCUGCAUUCUUCGAGUGAACAGUCGAAAUCACAUGAAAUUAUUGGACUAGUAGGUAAACAUUGUUGUAUUUAUUCUUCUCCCUCCUUUGGCAAACAUUGUAUUUAUUCUUGUACUGCUGCAAACGUCUCAGUACAUACUCCCUUCAUUCCAAAAUAUAGUGCGUCCGCACUUUCCGAGGUCCAACUUUGAUCAUAAAUUUAACCAACGAAACCGACUGUGGCUGGAGAAAAAGUUAUAUAAUUGAAAACUUAUUUUGAAUAUGAAUUCAUUGGUAUAACUUUUGCUCCCGCCACAGUCGGUCUCGUCGGUUAAAUUUUAUGAUCAAAGUUGAAGCACGUGAAUAGAGGAAGCACUAUAUUUUAGAACGGAGGGAGUAUAUU